AUGGCUUCACUGAAGAAUGGGGUUCUUGUAAAGCUUCUAGAUGAUAUGGAAAUGGAAGAAAAGGAUUUGGACGAUGUGCAGAAACCUGCAUUGUUACAAAUUAGAAGCAUAAUUCCUGUAUUGGAAGAAGGUAAUCUAUGGCCUAAUAGAGGAUUUUUCUUAAAGGUUUCAGAUAUGGCACACCAAAUGUUUGUUUCUUUGCCUCAAGAAGACGAUGAGAUGAUUCUGGGUAACAAAUUAAAACUAGGGCAGUUUGUAUAUGUUCAAAAGUUGGAGAAGGCUAUUCCAGUUCCGUUGCUCAGAGGCAUAACCCCUGUUCCAGGGAGGCAUCCAUGUGAAGGAACUCCUGAAGAUAUAGUUUCACCUGGAAAUUUGAUGAAGUUUCUUCAGGCAUCUAACAUGGAUUCAAUUGUCGAAAAGGGUGUCAUUUUGGAGAAAAAGAUGUCUGAAACUUCAUCAGAUUCAAGCAAGUUAGCGCGAGGAUUUUCUGAUUCGGAGUCGUUAAUAAAAGGAACUGUGGGCUUGGAAGAUAGAUCUCGACAAAGAGUUCGCUCUUUGAGUGCUUCAAAAGCCCAUCCAGGUGAAAACAAGACAAAAAAAUGCCAUAUCGGAAUACCUCCUAUUGAGAAGAAAAGUUGUAAUGUUGGUGCCAAAGUGAAAAAAAGUAGGCCGAGUUCUGUUUAUAAUGAUAGUGAUUCAGAUGGUGUAAUAUCAUCAGCCUCAUCAACUCACACUUCAAAGAGAAGAAGCUGGACUGAGUCAGAUAUUUUGAAAGUGAAGGAAAUUUUUGAUUCUUCAGUUGUCAAGACUGAAAUUAGACCAACGUCUCGUAGCACAAAUGUUUCACCUGCACGUUCUGGGCGGUAUGGUAGCUCUGAUGACAAUUUGAGUUCCACGUCAAAAAGAAGAGAUGUUGCUUCGGCUAAAAGGAUAGUUAAGGUUUCCAACAAAGGCCAAACUCCUGCAUCAAAGGUUGAUAAUGUGCAGAUGCCAAAGUCAUUAUUCAGUUUAGUCCAUGACAGUAAAGGGGCAGAAAGCGGAAUAUCUUGGAGCUCCCUUCCAUCAAGCUUAGUGAAGCUUGGCAAGGAGGUUGUCAUGCAAAGAGAUGUUGCUCUGCUUGCUGCUGCUGAUGCUUUGCAAGAAGCUUGUGCCGCUGAAAGAUUGCUCAAUUCUCUAAGCACAUUUUCGGAGUUUCAUUCAGCAGAAGGAGAUAAUCUGCAACCUUAUGUCGAUAAAUUUUUUGAUCUUCAAGAUGAUUUAUUGCAUAGCAGGCUGAUAAUGCAGUCACUAACAAGCAUAAGUCCAAUCAAAACAUCAGAAACUGAUUUCUGUGGGACUAAUACAAUCAAGGAAACAUUGAAUAUCGCUCUCGAAAGAAACAAAAAUGCUGCUACAUGGAUAAAAUCAGCCGUAGCUCUUGAUCUUUCCCCCCACUAUGUGAGCGUCACUUUGCUGCCUAAUCAAACAGCUGCCACCAUCACGGUGAAGAAAUCUAGUCCGUCAAUUCGGAGUACUAAACCAAAAGGUGCGCGUAUCAUUAGAAAGAAUAGAAGCAGCGUUGAUGUUCCUCUUUUGUUGUCAUCUGAAACGGAUGACCAGCAUGAGUGGACUAGAGGAAGUAAUUUAAGUUCCGCUGCCAACCUGGCUACAUCAUUGCAGGACGAAUGUCAGAAAUUAUUUUUGAGUUUUGUGGAGAAAUACUUAGAUGAAAUUGAAAGAAAAAGCUCGUCCAUGGAAUUUGACAGCGACAUAGCUGGGAUGAUGUAUAAGGUUAAAAGGGUGAGUGACUGGUUAGACACGAUUGUAAAUAAAGAAGGAAAACCCCCAAAACCGAACACAAAGGAUGGAUUCGGAGGAGGUUCAUAUAAUUUGGAAGAUUCUGCAAAUGAAGCUUAUGGAAGGGUAAGAAACAAAAUAUAUGGGAUUCUGCUUAAGCAUGUUGAGAGGACUGCAGUGGCUUAUGCAAGUAACAAUGCAUAA